GAUCAGCUGAUCUGACCUGGCAACAAAAUAACGUAGCUUGAGAAAUCUGCUAGGGAGGGGGCUGAAGAACAAAACAAUGACACUGCUCCGAAGGAUUCAAAUAGAGUAACACUUUAAAAAGACUUUUGCAAACGGAAUCGCGCGGAUUUCCCUUCCGUUUCAAAGUAAAAGAGUCCGCGGAUAGCCGAGCUUUUGACAGCGACUGGCUGUUGUUUUUGUUGAUAUGUUGUUACAGCUCAGUUGACAGACUGGAGGCUAGCUGCUUGUUAGGACGGCUAUGCACUGUUAGGGCUCCCUGGCUCGCUCAUUUUAGUUUUUCUAUGGAAAAGUUGAAAUCGUCCGUCGAAACCAAGUAGCCGUAAACUACGUUUUGCUGAUUUGUUACCAAAUUAUUCACCGAGUUUGCCUGUGAGGUUCUGAGGGUCAGUUUGCUAGCUAGCCUGUUGUUAGCAUCAACAUUUGCACAUUCAUCUUUUCAGGGAGAGUUCAUUGUCUCGAUUGCUACGAGCUAACUGCAUGUGUUUCUGUGUCGUUUUUGUUUUAUUCGCUAGCAUUAGAUGUAUGUUAUGUGUUGCUGCAGCUAGUUGCUAACUUUAAGUCACGAACAAGCAAACUGCUGGUUAAAAAAAAAAAAAAGAUAUCAGGUGUUACUCAAGGAGACGGCUGUUUCUGCUUCAAUGCCUCACUGUUUACUGCACUAAGUGAUGCUAUAAAAAUCGUUUGAAAAGUGUUUGAAAUUCAUACUACGAAAAUAAAUUUGAUAUAUUGUAUUAUUGUUUAGUUUGUUAGUGGGUGGUUGUUGGCUAGUCGUCUUACACCCAUGCAGAUGUUUUAAGCUCAUUUAAUACUUGGUCAUUUCAGUUGUCAGUAUUCCCACAUACAUUUGUCAUUAAGUGCUGUUGGAAGGUGCUUGUGCUAUAGUUAAAGGUGUUCCAAUAAGCUCUGCUCAGUAUUUAUCUUGUAAGAAACGAUGAGUGGGCAUGGCUCAUCUUCAGAAAAGGGAGUCAAUACUACUCUAAUAUGUCAAGAAAGUUACGCCUGCGGUGGCUCUGAAGAGGCUGCCUUUGAGUGUGAUGAAUGCAAGAGCUUGCAGUGUGUUCGCUGUGAGCUCGAGCUUCACAAUCAAGAACGUCUGAAAAACCAUGAGCGGGUUCAGAUUGGUCCGGGACACGUCCCUUACUGUGACAACUGUAAAGGAGGUAAUGGAGACAAUGGCAAACGCCACAGGUCUGUGGUCCGCUGCCAGAAUUGCAAAGUUAACUUGUGCCAAGACUGUCAGAAACGCACCCACAGUGGAGGCAACAAGAAGAAACACCAGCUCACAUCUUACCCUACACCACCCAAACCUGCUGUGGUCACCUCUGUCCAGACACCUGUCCCGCCUGCUGUCCAAGUAGCCGAUGAGAUCAGAUCUCAAAGAGCAAAACUUCUGGAGAAGAUCUGCAGUUUUCUCUUGGUUGAUGAGAAUGAGGAAAUGCAGAUAAAAGAUGAAACCUCGUUUGUAAAGCGACUGGGCUGCGACCCCGAGCAGCUGCUGAAGGUGGUGUCCAUCUUUGGAAACACAGGAGAGGGCAAAUCUCACACCCUGAACCACACAUUCUUCAUGGGCAGAGAAGUGUUCAAGACUUCUCCCACGCAGGAUUCCUGCACUGUGGGUGUGUGGGCAGCGUUUGACCCCAUCCAUAAAGUAGUGGUCAUUGAUACAGAGGGGCUGCUCGGAAACAGUUCCAAACAGGGCCAGAGAACUCGUCUCUUGCUCAAGGUGCUUGCCAUCUCCGACCUCAUUAUUUACCGCACCCAUGCCGACCGUCUCCAUGACGACCUCUUCAAGUUCCUCGGGGAUGCCUCGGAUGCUUACCUGAGGCAUUUCACGAAGGAACUGAAGGCCACAACAGCCCGCUGUGGCCUGGAUGUCCCGCUGUCCACCCUUGGCCCUGCGGUGGUCAUCUUCCAUGAAACAGUACACACAAAGUUGCUUGGUUCAGACAAAUCUUCUGAGUCAGUAGAUCGACUGCUAUUGGAGCGCUUCAAGAAGCUUUCCCGCUUCCCAGAGGCCUUCAGCUCUGUCCAGUACUGGGGCACGCAGACUCUCAACCCCCCUACGGACUUCUGCGGCCUGCAGAAUAAGCUGGAGCAGCUCCUGGAUAACAACGCUACCCGUUCCCCACGCACCCCCAUUGUCAUCUUUAAAGCCCUGCAGGCGCUGAGUGAGCGCUUUAAUGGGGAAAUUGCAGGUGAGCUUGUAGCCCACAGCUGCUUCUUUCCUGAUGAGUACUUCACAUGCUCCAGUCUAUGCCUCAGUUGUGGAUCUGGCUGCAAGAACAGCAUGAACCAUUUAGGAGAAGGACUGUGCCAUGAAGCAAAGCAUCGUUGUCGUUAUUCUGUCCAGUAUGAUAAUCGUGUAUACACCUGUAAGGCUUGCUAUGAAGGGGGUAAGGAAGUCAUAGUUGUCCCCAAGACCUCAGCUUCCUCAGACUCUCCAUGGAUGGGCCUCGCCAAAUACGCCUGGUCCGGGUACGUUAUUGAAUGUCCCAACUGCGGAGUGAUUUAUCGUAGCCGUCAGUACUGGUACGGGAACCAGGACCCUGUGGAUACAGUUGUCCGCACUGAGAUCCAGCAUGUAUGGCCAGGGUCGGAUGGCUUUUUGAAGGACAAUAGCAAUGCAGCGCAGCGUCUUCUGGAUGGAGUCAACCUAGUGGCCCAGUCUGUGUCAGAGCUCAGUGUCAAGCCUGCCAAGGCCGUCACCUCUUGGCUGACAGAUCAGAUCGCCCCAGCCUACUGGAAACCCAACUCCCUCAUCUUAGUGUGCCAUAAGUGUCACACAGUCUUCCAGGAUAAUGACACCAAACAUCACUGUCGUGCCUGCGGGGAGGGCUUCUGUGACGGCUGCUCUUCCAAAGCUGCUCCAGUCCCUGAGAGAGGCUGGGGUCUUGCCCCUGUCAGAGUCUGUGACGUCUGCUUUGAGCAGAGAGCCUCAUACACAGAGCUGCUUGAGGCAGAGCUCGAGGAGGAAGAAGGUGGAAACCUCGCCAGGAAAGUUGGAGAAGCAGUGACCAACACCAUAGGAGUUGUGGUCACUGCUAUUGACAUCCCACUAGGUCUAGUGAAAGAUGCAGCCCGUCCUGCCUACUGGGUGCCUGACCAGGACAUCAUGUCCUGCCACAACUGCCAACGCGAGUUCACUGCCAAGCUAUCCAAGCACCACUGCCGCGCCUGUGGCCAAGGAGUGUGUGACGACUGUUCCCCGGAGCGUCGGGCGGUCCCGUCGCGAGGCUGGGACCACCCUGUACGCGUGUGCUCCAGCUGCAACCAGAAACCUGGAGAACUUUAACAGGGACGGCUUUCCUUCCUUGGAGCACCAGAGAGAACCAGUCACUCACUGAGCUCACAGUCUGUCAAUGCUUUUACCUCUGUUACUCUAAUGGUUCUGUCUUGUAUCUGUGAACAUUUAGCAGAUUUGGGAUUUCAGAGUUCCUGUGGCCUUCGUAGAACAGCCAAAACAUGUGAGUUACUUGACUGAGUGUAAAACCUGCAUUUACACUCUGGUUAUUCACAGAGUGAAUAUUUUGAUUCUUAUUGACACAAAUCCCCGAUUUUAUGUUAAAUAAGGCCGUUGAGCUAUUUUUCUACUAUCAGAAAAUAUAUUAAAAAAAUGUAUCAUUUAAAGAAUAUUAGUUAGUUGAGAACCCUGCGGGGUUGGUGUGAUUAGUUUCCAGCAGUUCUUAUUAAUAAGCAUUGUUUUUCUGAUGUCGGACGUGUAAUGGCAAGGAGAUACUUUAUAUCUGUGCAGGUAUAACUGCGGGUUCCAUUGCAUGCUGUAUUGCAACAUUUUAGUUUUUGCACUAAGCCUUUUUCAGCUGUUAUAGGCUGUUGCUUACCAUGGCCAAAAUCCAGAUAUCCCAAUGAUCAAGUAGUCUGUCCCAAACUGAGCUGAAAUCUACUACAGUGGGUCUAGGUUGUGGAUAUCUGGUGUGCCAAAAAUCAUUCAGGUCACUCUGUCUGUGCUGGUAUAAUGUUUAUAUUUUAUCAUGUAAUUUGUGGUUGUAUGAAGACAUAGAACUAUGUUAGAGGAGUGUACAUUUGAAAUGUUGAAAAUUAUUUAUGUACUGAAGAUAAAAAAAAAAUACCUAUUAGUACUCUGGCAUGCAUGACAGUCUGAUAAAUCCAUGGCCUUUUACUUGUUCAGAGGACGGUCUCUGAAUACACCUCACUGUCUCUUUUACCAAGUGGCAUUUUAGCACACACAAACACUUGUAUUUCAUGUUCAAAUUUGUUCUCCUGGCACCGUUAUUUUAAUUGUCUUUUUUUUUUUUUUCUUCAAAUAUUUGCAAUUGCUGCCUACUUUGUUGUCUGGGUAUUAUUUAGCAGAAAUGAAGAAUACUGAAACUUGUCCUUAAACCAGUUUUCACAAAUUACAUUCAGCCCUCCAGGUCCCCAUAGGCACAGUCUGACAGGAUAAAACCUCAAAUGGUCCAUGCAUUUUUCUUCUGUUUUAGCCCGUCACAGCUUGGUGUUCUGUUAUUUUACAUAUGUUAUUGAAACACAUUGUAUAUGUUCUUAUUGUAGUUGUUGUUUGACAUUAUUUACUGUAUGGAUAUUUAUAUACUUUGUAGUGCCUCUAUGUGAACCACAGUUUCUCCCGGAUUUUUUUUUUUUUUGUCUUUAUUUUCUUUUGUCUUUAUGAAUUACAUAUAAGAAUUUGAUCCUCAAAUGUGGCAGUGAGGAUAUUUUACCAUAUUUAGUGACGGAGAGCUUUAACUUGUCUUGCAUCAUUACUAUUUAUGAGUUGUUGAGUGAUGAGACUGUCACAUCUGGAUGUCACAUAAAGCACAAGGUGAUGCCUUUAACACAUAUGCGUGUAUGUAGUUGUUUUAAAAAUGAGAAAAAAAGGGUCUUUGUCGAUUGUAAGCUAUGUAGAUAAAGAUAAUAUCCUUUGCCCCUAACGUGGAACUUUUUGGUUCUGAUGUCUGAUGAGAAGAUGUUGUGUCUGCUUUGUCUCAAAAUAGAUUUAUCUGUCUGAAUGUUGCAUCACACACACACUGUCCUCAGAGAUGCUGGUAUUGCACAGUAUAGAACAGAAAACACAUCAUGUCGGAUUACUUGUACUGGACUUCAUGCCCAUGCAAAUUAAUGCCGUCUGUUGCUACAGAUAUCAUUUGUGGUGUCCAGGUUUUUGGGUGCUAUCAUCAACACUUCUCACCUACACACUACAAAUCAACCUGGAAUGGUUGAUGCAUUUAAAACUGUUGAAAAUGAAUCAACGAUAUGUGGAUACUUGGUAAACUGAUGGAAGAUUUGCAUAAGAUUAAAGUUGAAUCAGCUCCCGUUUGUCAACAACA